UUUGUGCAGCGUGGUCAAAAUAUGGCCAUCAGCGGCAGGUACCACUCAGUGGGAAAGUUAGGAUCUGGUUCUUUUAGCAAUGUCUAUCUAGAGCGUAAUACUGAAACCGGUAACGAAGUCGCUAUACAACUCGAACAUCACAGCGUUGCCCCGUCUUUACUUAAGGAGAAAGUGGAAAUCUAUUAAUCUCUGGUCGGGAAAAUCGGCUUCUCCCGGGUGUACUGGCAUAGCUAUUACAAUGACUUCACGAUUUUGGUGUUCGAGUUACUGGGGCCGAACUUGGAAGACUUAUUCCGAUACUGUGGCAACCAGUUCUCGUUGAAGAUGACUCUGAUGCUGGCUGACUAACUGCUUCGUCGCAUUGAGACUCUUCACUCACAUUAUUACCUUCACCGGGACGUAAGGCCUGAAAAUUGUCUUCUGGGU